GUCAAUUUCAGCAAUGUCAAUGUGAAUUUAUCUUUCAAAUCCACGUUGUUUUCAUUUUUCAUUGUUACUUUGAAACUAAAAACAGAAUUAAAAUUAUCGUUUUAUACGAUAUAAACGUUCAAUUUACUAACGGAUUCUUAAAAUAAAUAUAAAAUAAUGGCUAAAAAGGGUAAAGCGAAGAUUAGCAAAGUGAAGAGGAAUAAUCAGACGACAAAUAAGAUGCGAAAGCAGGGUAAGUUACGUCUUCAGAGGCAUAGGAACAAACCACAGAAGCAAAAGCAACCGACACAGAACCAAGAGCCAAUAUACAGCAGCGACAGCGAUGCAGCGUCCGGGGACGAGUGGGCGGACAUGCUGGACGAAGAAGAACAGAAGUACAUACUAGGCCGUAUAGCUAAACAACCAAAUCUUCUAUCAAAUGUACCAGAAGAAGAUAAAAAGGAACAGAAAAAACCUAAAAAGCGAAAGAUAAUGCGGGACAGUACAUCAAAUACUGCAGUGAGCAGUGACAGUGGUGCAGAGAGUGAGACAGAUAACAGUGAUGUUGAGGAAAAGUAUGAGGCUGAGAUGGCAGAAAGACCAGCCAAGAAACUACGACCACUCCUGCCUAUUAAGACUAAAGAUGGAAUCUUGGAGAGAUCUGAGGAAUGUGAAGACACAGAUUCAGAUGAGGAACAACCAGAUGAAGCACCAGAAACAUCAGAAAGUAUACUGGAAGAGUCUCAGGAUUCGGAUUCUGGUAUGGAGGUUACUGGUGAAGAAGGCGAAGGGACUGAGGAAGUGGUAACAGCGGUGCAACUACUGGCUGCAAGAAGAGAUAAACUGAAGCAUGAGAAGCUAAGAAUCGGAGCGCUCUGCUCAUCCUUGCUUGAAAAUCCGGAGAAAAAGCUAAAGAAUUUGUACCCAAUCCUAUACUUAAUGGAUGAGCACCUGAAAGAUGGUACACCAAACUUAGUCUCAGUAAGGAAACUAGCCUCCGUGUCAGCUGCAGAGGUGUUCCGGGAUAUUCUGCCUGACUAUGCUAUACGCCAUCAGGAUUACUCUGAUGUUAAAUUGAAAAAAGAGACAUUAGCUCUGUACAAAUAUGAGAAAGAGUUGUUGGAGUUCUACAAGAGAUAUUUGCAGCGGCUGGAGAAAGCUGCAUCUGUAUUGAGACGGAAGAAGGGUGAUAACAGGCAAGUAGAGGAUAGCGAGGUGAAUUUGGCGCUAGUGAGCCUGCGUUGCCUGUGCGCGCUGCUGGAGGCGCGGCCGCAAUUCAACUACGCGGGCAACAUCGCGCAGAGCGUGCUGCCAUUCCUCGCCUGCAGCGCUGAAGCGCGGGAUGCCGUCACUCAGUGCUGCAAGCAGGUCUUCACUGAUGAUAAUAAGGGAGAAAUUACACUUAAGAUCGUCCGCUUAAUUAAUCAGCUGGUGAAGAAGCGUGGUACUCGUCUGCAUCCUGGCGCGCUCGAGUGCCUCCUGGCGCUGCGCAUCCGCGACGUAGACCUGGACGCAGACGCAGACCUCAAGCAUAAGAAGCGGCAAGAAGAGAAGCACAAGAAAAGGAUCGUCAACUUGUCCAAGAAGGAAAAAAAGCGAGCAAAGAAAUUGAAAGAAGUUGAGCGAGAACUUCUAGAAACUGAGGCGCGGGAGAGCUCUGAGGCACGCAAGAAGCAGCUGACAGAAGUCACAAAGACCGUCUUCCAUAUAUACUUCCGUAUACUGAAGACAGCGCCAAAGUCACAACUACUGGAAGCAGUGCUCAACGGACUCGCUAAGUUCUCGCACGUGAUCAACGUGGAGUACUACAGCGAGCUGGUGUCGCUGCUGGCACGGCUGUGUAGUGAUGAGGAACUGGGCGCGCGCGCGCGGCUGCAGUGCGCACGCACCGCGCUCGCCGUGCUUGCAGCCGCGGGGGACGCUCUCAACUUUGACCCUGCUCACUUCCACGCGCACGUAUACGCUAAUGCAAUCAAUGUGCACGCAGGCAGCACGUGCGGGGAGGGGCGCGUGGUGCUGGAGGCGGUGUGCGAGGUGAGCACGCGGGCACGACGCGUGUCCCCCGCGGUGGUGCGCGCGCUGGCCAAGCGGCUGGGCACGCUGGCGCUGCAGACCGCGCCGCACGCCGCACUCGCCGCGCUGCACCUCGUACAUAACCUCAUGCAGAGUAGCAGCAGCUUGCAGUCUCUGCUGGAGACGGAGGAGGCGGCGGGGGGAGGGCGGUACGACGCGCAGUGCGGUGCGCCUGCGCAGUGCGGGGCGCAGUGCGCAGUGCUGCACGACCUGCCCGCACUGCGCAGACACUACCACCCCGCUGUGAGACAGGCUGCUGCCGCACUGCUAGCACGUACUGCACCCUUCCACAAAAGUCCAAUGCAAAUAUACGAGGAGUACGAUGGCUCUCAGAUGUCGUUCAAGCCGGCAAUACCGCCGCCGCAGCGCGACCAGCUCGCCGCACACAGCAAGAAGACCGCGCAACAUGUCUGGGCACAGCAACACUUCAAACAACAUUGUCAUAUUGUUGAAGAUAAUGUGCAAAUGAAUAUUUGUUUUACUUGAGUAUUACAAGUACUUUGACGUGUUGAA